GCGGGGGUGACACCGGCCGCCGCUCCGCGCCGCGCCCGCCGCUCGGUCUGCGGGGCCGGUCGGGGUCGGUGCUGGGGGGCGGGGGGAAAUGAGGGAUCUCUCCGGGCUGGAAGCGGCCGGUGGCUGCGGCGAGAUGGCGGCCGAGCGGGAGCGGCAGGAGCGGCUGCGGGAGGCGGCGGCGCUGGGGGACGCGGAGGAGGUGGAGCGGCUGGUGGGGCUGGGGGUCAGCCCCAACUCCCAGAACGAAGUCAACGGCUGGACUUGUUUGCACUGGGCCUGUAAACGGAACCAUGCCCGGGUGGUGGCCUACCUGCUUCAUGCCGGGGCUGACAAGGAGAUCCUCACCAAGAAGGGAGAGAGGCCAGCCCAGCUGACGUCAAAGAGAGAGAUAAGGAAGAUGUUGGGAGUGGAAGACGAUGAACUCUUAGAUGUAAAGAAAGAUUCAGAUCUGCCAAUCAUCCCUAAUUACCUGGCUAACCCACCUUUCCCUUAUGUUUAUAACACCAUGAGUAACAGUAUUCCAGAUCCCUCCAUGAAUGGGAGUGUCUCACACUUAGACUCACAAGACACCAACUCUUCUUCCUUACCUGCUGUGGAGCCUCGCACACGGGCAGCGCUACAGCACGGGAACGCUGCUCCCCAGCCAGCUGGGAAUGGAGAUGUGCCCUCAGUGCCCCGGGGCUGCACUGCACCACCACACUCCAAACCUGUCCUCCAGAGAGGUCCACUUUACCCGGGAUCUGUGUCCUGGAGCAGAAGUCCCCCUUCACCAGCUGGAUCAAACCAGUCUGUACCUCAGCAGGAGAACAGCUCCUGUAUGGGGCCUGUGCCAACGUUUCAGCCGGUUUUCUUCACAGGAGCUUUUCCACUUAAUAUGCAAGAACUGGUGCUUAAAGUUAGAAUACAAAAUCCUAAUCUUAGAGAAAAUGACUUCAUUGAAAUUGAACUGGACAGACAAGAACUGACCUAUAAGGAACUGCUCCGAGUCAGUUGCCAUGAGCUGGGUGUUAACCCUGAGCAUGUACAGAAGAUCAGAAAAUUACCAAAUACAAUGUUGAGAAAGGACAAAGAUGUUGCAAGGCUACAAGAUUUCCAAGAACUGGAGCUUGUUCUAACAGUAAGUGACACAAACUUACUAUUCAGAGUCCCAGCACUUUCUGGACAGAGUGGUUAUAACAAGAAGGCAUCAGAACUGACCUAUUAAUUGUUUAAAGACUAAAACAAAAGAUUUGGGUCUCUCAUUUUAAAAUGACAUUUGAAAUACAAUAUCUACAAGGGCUAAUGGUGUGAAAAUUUUGUAACCUUGAACUAAAGUCGUUAUGCAGAGUUACAGCCUCUAGUUAAUAUAAGAGUAAUGAAACUGAUAUGGAAGUAGCUUCAUGCAAAGGAAGUAUUGGCAGAACUGUUAAUGCAACACAUUUCCUUACAAAAAUCUGGAAAUACUGUAGAGUUAGCAACUCUCAGGGAAAGGGUUACCUUAAACUGUUCUAAUAAUUUGUUUGCUAUAAAAUAGCUAAAGAACCUGCCAUGAAACCCAUUUAAUAUUUGUACUGAGUCCAUUACCAUUAACAUUCACUCGUGUAUUUAAAGUCCUACCUUAUUUAGAAGAAAACAAAGAGAAGGGUUUAAAUCUGUGGAAGAAGCACAAAACCACAUCUAGUUUAAAUACUAUCAAGUGACUUAUUACCUGUGAUUUCUUAAUCCCUGUUUACACUUUUCCCUAUUUCUCAGGUUAAAACAAAAAAAUAUUAUCCAAAUCAGAAAUAUGCUCUCAACCAAAUUACCUGUUGUUGUUUUCUGUCAAUAUAACUAUAGUAUUGACAUGUGCAAUUUAAAAUACUAUCUUUGUUACUGUAUUGAAAACACCUUUAUCCAAUGCUGCUUUAAUUUCCCCCUUCAAAAGCACAAAAAAAAGUAAUUUUAUUUUCCUUUUACCUCUACAUUCCUGAGAAAUACUGAUCUUGAAACUUUAAAGUUGCCUGUGUGAAAAUAAACUAGUGAAAUGCCAGAGUUGUCUGGGCUGAUAUUAAAUCCUGAUGUUCCUAUGCAAUGUAUUUUUUUUCCAAUGACUUGUGUUUACCUGUGUUGUUUACUGAAAAAAAUAAUCACUUUUCCUGUUCCUGUUACUUAAAAAUUAAACUACUUUGCUAUGAAAUUCUGGAAUAAAUAAAUUGAAAAGUAUUUAA